CUCUCAAAGAACUUGUAUUUACCUCCAUACACUCGGCUGCUGUGAUCGCUUUUACCUUUAGUAUCGGCUCUACUCAACCAAAUCUGCGCCUGAUUUUUAUUCUACAGCUUCUUCCAAAGCCUCCUGCAAAAUGGAGAGCUUUGAUAAUAUAUACCUCGAUCUUUCGAGACAACCCGGAAAAUGCAAGAUCGCCGAAAGUGGGUUAGGCUGGCGACCUGCUGGGGGAGGCGAUACCUUUACACUCGAUAGCAGCAAUGUGGGCGCAGCCCAGUGGAGCAGGGCAGCGAAAGGGUAUGAAUUGAAAAUUCUAUCGCGCUCUUCGGGUGUCAUUCAACUGGAUGGCUUCGAUCAAGAGGAUUUCGACCGGCUGAGUAAAGCCUUUAAAAUCUGGUAUGGCAUAAAUGUGGAGAACAAAGAGCAUGCCCUUCGUGGCUGGAACUGGGGCAAGGCAGAGUUCACGAAAGCAGAACUUGCCUUCAAUGUCCAAAACCGGCCGGCGUUCGAGAUCCCUUACUCCGAAGUUUCGAAUACAAAUCUCGCGGGAAAGAAUGAAGUUGCGGUUGAGUUUGCACUCACCGCGGAUGGCUUGAAUGCUAAACAGCCAGCUGGCAGCACCAAAAAUCGUGGCAGGAAGGCUGCUGCUGGCCCUGAUGAGCUGGUUGAAAUGAGGUUCUACAUUCCAGGGACGGUUAUGAAGAAAGAAAAGGGCGCGGAGGAUGAAAACGAAGAAGAAGAGGAAGGAGAGGAACAGAAUGCAGCAAAUCUUUUCUAUGAGACGCUUAUGGAUAAAGCCGAGAUUGGAUAUGUUGCUGGCGACACAUUCGCUACAUUUUUGGAUGUCCUCCAUCUCACACCUAGAGGUCGUUUCGAUAUCGACAUGUACGAAUCUUCCUUCCGGCUACGAGGAAAGACGUACGACUACAAGAUUCAAUACGCUUCGAUUAAGAAGUUCUUCCUGCUCCCUAAGAAUGACGAUACACAUACGCUUAUUGUUCUGGGUCUGGAUCCUCCUCUUCGACAGGGUCAGACGAGAUAUCCUUUCCUUGUCAUGCAGCUGAAGUUGGACGAGGAAAUUAGCCUGGAGCUCAACAUGACCGAAGAGUUAUUGGAGACCCGGUAUAAGGACAAACUAGAGCCCCGUUAUGAAGAGCCUAUCCACCAGGUUAUCACCAAGAUUUUCCGCGGAUUGUCAGGGAAGAAAGUCAUUAUGCCAUCUAAAGAUUUUGUCAGCCACCACGGCCAUAGCGGCGUCAAGUGCUCCAUCAAAGCAAACGAAGGUCUCUUGUACUUCCUGGACAAGAGCUUGAUUUUUGUUCCCAAGCCUGCGACCUACGUUCAAAUCGAGAAUAUUUCCGUCAUCACGAUGUCUCGUGUUGGUGGUGCCGUCUCAGCUAGCAGAACGUUCGAUAUCACGGUGACUCUAAAAGGCGGCAUGGGAGAGCACCAGUUUAGUAAUAUCAACCGUGAGGAGCAACAACCUCUGGAGGAGUUCUUCAAGGCCAAGAAUAUCCGGUUCAAGAACGAGAUGGCAGAUGACGCAUCUGCCCUUAUCGCGGCCGCACUGGAUAACGACGAUAUGGACACCAGCGACGAGGACGGCGGACGAGCUGAUCGCGGUUCCGCAGACGAAGAUGAAGAAUCUGUUGACGAGGACUUUGAAGCGGAAUCAGAAUCGGAAGUUGCGGAAGAAUACGACUCUGCACAUGAGAGCAGUGGAGGAAGUGACGACGAGAUGGAGGACGCUUCGGAAGAGGAAGAAGAAGCUUCUGAGGAAGAGGAGCGGCCCAAGAAGAAAUCGAAGGUUGGGAAGUAGUCUUCUAUAUUCUACGAGGAGAACGCGGCCAUUUGUAUUAAUACGAGUCCUUGCCAAAAUAAAUCAUGAUAUAUGUUUCCAUAAUACUUCUUGGAGAUAUCGUGGAAUUGAAGAAGCCUGAGCAAUGACCAGGAGGAAUAAGCUUUGCCAAUAAAAAUUCCC